CCUGUGUUUGAGCUGUAGCUCUUUAGCUGGUUAAAAGCACGCUGCUCCGCUGCGCUACAGGCUCCCACUCAUCCCGAGCUGUUUUUAAGUUUCACACAGAUAUAUUAUUUUAAAAACACGGUCAGUUUAAACUCGUGGUUUUAAAGAGAAGAUGGGAGUGCCGGCGUUUUUCCGCUGGCUGAGUCGGAAAUAUGCGUCUAUAAUUGUGAACUGUUUGGAGGAGAAGUCUAAGGAAUGCAAUGGAGUUCAAAUACCAGUUGACACCAGUAAACCCAACCCAAAUGAGGUGGAGUUUGACAACCUCUAUUUGGACAUGAAUGGAAUCAUCCAUCCUUGUACACAUCCUGAAGACAAGCCGGCACCGAAAAAUGAAGAUGAAAUGAUGGUUGCCAUUUUUGAGUACAUUGAUCGGCUUUUUAACAUCGUUCGGCCGAGGAGAGUUCUUUACAUGGCAAUCGAUGGAGUUGCGCCUCGUGCCAAAAUGAACCAGCAGCGAUCCAGAAGAUUUCGAGCUUCCAAAGAAGGAGUGGAGCUUGCAGAAGAAAAACAAAAAAUGAGGGAAGAGAUUUUUCAAAGGGGUGGGUACCUGCCUCCUGAGGAAAUCAAAGAGCGAUUUGACAGCAACUGUAUCACUCCAGGCACUGAGUUCAUGGACAACUUGGCCAAAUGCCUUCGAUAUUAUAUUGCAGAUAGAUUGACCAAUGAUCCUGGAUGGCGUACUAUCACAGUCUUUCUGUCUGAUGCCAGUGUUCCUGGAGAAGGAGAACACAAGAUCAUGGAUUUUAUCAGGAGACAAAGGGCUCAACCAAACCAUGAUCCGAAUACUCAUCACUGUCUCUGUGGUGCUGAUGCUGAUCUGAUUAUGUUGGGCCUGGCCACUCACGAGCCCAACUUCACCAUCAUCCGAGAAGAAUUUAAGCCCAACAAACCCAGACCAUGUGGUCUGUGUGGACAAAUAGGCCAUGAACUUAAAGACUGUCAGGGAGUGGCUAGAGAGAAGAAAGGAGAGCACGAUGAGUUUGCAGACACAAUUCCAGUGUCGGAGCAGGAAUUUAUAUUCAUUAGAUUGUCUGUUCUGAGAGAGUAUCUCGAGCGAGAGCUGACUAUGGCCAGCCUGCCUUUCCCCUUCAACUUUGAGAGGAGUGUAGAUGACUGGGUCUUCAUGUGCUUCUUUGUGGGAAAUGAUUUCCUGCCUCAUUUACCCUCUUUAGAAAUCAGAGAGGGUGCUAUUGAUCGACUUGUGUCCAUUUACAAAGAUGUUGUUCACAAGACUGGGGGUUACCUCACUGAAAAUGGCUUUGUGAACCUGGAGCGAGUAGAGCUCAUAAUGCAGGCUGUUGGAGUUGCUGAAGAUAACAUCUUCAAGAAGCGCAAAGAUGACGAGGAGAAUUUUAAAAGGAGAAUGAAGGAAAAGAAGAAACGAAUGAAAGCAGAGCAGGGCCCAGCAUAUCUCCCAGGAGGUCAGUUUGCUCCUCAAGCUCUAGGGGGAAGAGACCGACCAAUGCCAGUGCAGAAUGCACGUCACGCCGCCUUUGACAUGAGGAUGCAAGGAAACCGCAACCAGCAAAACAGGGAUGCUGCUUCAUCUCUGAAGGCCAUGUUGAAGAAUGGGAGCAAGGAUUCUGCGGGGACUAGCGAUGGCAUGGACAAUCGUGGAGUGAAGAGAAAAGCAGAAGACAGCGACAGUGAGCCAGAGCCUGAAGAUAAUGUCAGGUUAUGGGAGGAAGGCUGGAAGCAGCGUUAUUACAAGAACAAGUUUGAUGUGGACGAGACUGAUGAGGAAUUUCGCAAAAAAGUGGUCAAGUCCUACGUGGAAGGCCUAUGCUGGGUUCUUAGAUACUACUACCAGGGUUGUGCAUCCUGGAAGUGGUACUUUCCGUUUCACUAUGCACCGUUUGCAUCUGACUUCAAAGACAUCAAGGACAUGUUCAAGGAGUUUGAAAAAGGGACCAUGCCUUUCAAACCUCUUGAGCAACUAAUGGGAGUAUUUCCUGCAGCCAGUGGAAAUUUUCUACCAGAAACCUGGAGAGCACUCAUGAGCAACCCCGACUCUUCAAUCAUUGACUUCUAUCCUGACGACUUUGCAAUUGAUCUGAAUGGAAAGAAAUACGCCUGGCAGGGUGUUGCAUUGUUGCCGUUUGUUGAUGAACGAAGGCUGCGGGGAGCCUUGGCAGAUGUCUACCCAGAUUUAACCACAGAAGAGAUCAGAAGAAACAGUCUGGGGAGUGAUGUGGUUUUUGUGGGGAAAUCGCACCCUCUGUGUGACUUUAUCAAGGAACUCUAUUCUUCAGAAUCUCGUGAGGGCACUGAGAUUCCUGCGGAGCUGUGCCAUGGAAUCCAAGGUACAUUAAAUCUUGAUGAAGAUCCUAUUCUACCAGAUAAACCGGUUGAGUCUCCCAUCCCAAUGCUGAGAGAUAUUCCAUACAGUAGUGCAGUGGGAAUCAAAUUCAAGGAUCCGCAGUAUGAAGGAGGUCACGUGUUCAAGGCUGUCGUCCUUCCCGGGGCUAAAAUGCCAAAUAAGGUGUUAAAGCCUGGAGACUGGGAAAGGUCGAACAGAGGGCCAUGGAAACCUCAGCUGGGGUUCAAUCCCAACCGUCAGCAAGUCCACCUGGAUCAGUCUGCCUUCAGGACAUUAGGCCAUCAUGUAAACAGAUAUCAGCAAGGAAGUGGACAGCACAGCCAAGGACCACCACGUGGUGGUCAGUACAGCAAUGCUCCACCUCCCAGUGUAUAUCAUCAAGGAAACUACAGACCACCGCUCAGAGACCACCAACCCCCAUUUCAGCAUUCCAGGCAACAUGGAUUUCCAAGAGCACAUCCCCCGUCUCAACAGCAGUACCCAAGGCCUCAGUAUGGAGGUCAGGGUUGGGACCGAGCAGUGCAAGCUCAAGGCUCUGCCUACCAGCACAACUCGCAGAGAGGUCGUGGAGGACCAGGUGGCUACCACCAGCACCCACAGCACAGAGAUGACCGUAGACCACAGGAGGGGUACAAUUCUGCAAGAAAUUAUGCCCUGCCUCCACAGACAAGACGAUACAACUGGAAUUAAAUGUUCAGCUUUCUGUAUUGGGGAUAAUUGGUGUUGUGGGUUUUUUUUCUUUUUUCUUUUUUUUUAUUAAUGAAAUACUUUAACAUUUAUGGGCUGUUGGUUUGUAAGAUAGUACAAAGGAACAUGUUCAUAUGUACGUAUUUUUAAAAAAUAUGCGUCUGUAAACACAAUUUUACGUUUUGUUUUUAUCAUUUUUCUUUCUUUAAAUGUCCUGCUCCCCCUAUGUCCUAAAAUACUUGUGCAACUCCCCUGGAGCCUCUCAUUUUAGCAGUCAAAAUAAUGUAUUAUUUGACUGGAUGUUUGACAUAAAUCCUCUUGACAGGUUGA